UCUGUGGCAGUUCUUUAGAAAAAAUGGGCAAUGAUUUGUAGGUGACAUAAAAUAAAAAGUAAAACCGAUUUUUCGGGUUAAAUAAACUAUAUUUAAUACAAUUUACAAUUACGUCGGUGUAAUAAAAUAAAAUUCAAGUGACGUAUAUCACAGAUUUUGGGAGUUCAAAUAAAUAUGCAUGCAUGUCGACAGUUAAUUAAUAAUCCAAGUCGCUGGAAGUGUGCAGUGACGAUAAAUGUAAAAACUCCAGUGCUUACUAUCAAACCUGAUCAGUCAACAGUACUAGAAUGUCGUCAGUACUCAGCGCGGAAGGGAUUCUUCUCAUCCAUCAUAGAGAAUAUAAAAGAUGAGAUGGCAAAGAACAAAGACAUGAAGGAAAAUAUAAAGAAGUUUAGAGAAGAAGCUGAGAAACUUGAGAAUUCAGAGGCUUUGCAGGCGGCUCGGAGAAAGUUCCACGCUGUUGAGUCAGAAGCAUCUAAAGGAUCAGAAGUUUUAAAGGAAACUCUAGAAGGCAUUAAGGGUAAAGUAGGCCAUGUCCUGGAGGAGGCGAGCAAAUCAGAAAUUGCGAAAAAAGCAGGAAAAUUAACUGAAGACAUUUCAAAAACAGCCAAAGAUGCAGCAGAAAGUUUUGCAGACAAAAGUUCUAAACUUGGCCAGACCUCAGCCUUCAAAACCAUUUCACAAGCCACAGAAGUAGUAAAGAAGGAGAUCUCCCCCCGCGGGCUGGAGGGGCGCGUCUACACAUCGCCCGUGGCCUUGCGGAAACGUGUUGAGGUGGCGGAAGACGAGCGCACCUUCGCGCCGGACACGGAGACGCUGGGCGUGGAGCUGCACAAGGACUCCAAGUUCUACCAGCAGUGGGAGGACUUCAAGAACAACAACCAGUAUGUUAACAAGGUACUAGAUUGGAAAAUAAAAUACGAGGAAUCCGACAACCCAGUGUUCAGGGCGUCGAGAUUUUUCACAGAGAAAGUCGGCAGCGUGUUCGGUAACCUAUUCGAAAAGACGGAACUUUCCAAAACGGUCACAGAAAUAUGCAAAAUCGAUCCCAAUUUCACUUCGCAGAAGUUUCUCGAAGACUGCGCGAACGACAUCAUUCCGAACAUUCUAGAAGCGAUGGUCAGAGGUGACAUGGACAUACUAAAGGACUGGUGCUACGAAGGAGUUUACAAUAUACUGUCGACUCCUAUAAAACAGUGCAAGCAACUCGGUUACAGACUCGAUUCUAAAAUAUUGGACAUAGAGAAUAUAGAGUUAGUGAUGGGAAAGAUGAUGGACCAAGGACCAGUGCUAGUCAUUACGUUUCAGUCGCAGCAAAUCAUGUGUGUUAGGGAUGGGAAGAACAACGUUAUAGAGGGUGAUCCGAACAAGGUGAUGCGAGUCAACUACGUUUGGGUUCUGUGCAGGGAUCCGCAGGAGUUGAACCCCAAAGCGGCGUGGCGACUGUUAGAGUUGUCAGCAAACAGUGUAGAACAGUUGAUAUAGGGGAACUGUAUAAUUGUAUAGAUGGAAUAAAUCGUUGUCUUGUU